AUGUUCAAGAAUAUUCUGAAAGACAGAGUCAUAUUAGUGGACAUACUGUCGGUGCUGUUUGGCAUCAGCUCAUGGGUGGCCGUGAAUGGGGUCUGGACUCAAACCCCUUUAUUAGUGGAGAGACUACCUGAGCAGUGGAACCUUACCUCCUAUGUGGUGAUGAUCGUUCAGUUGGCUAAUAUCGGUCCAAUUGUCUACUCAAUACUCAAAUUUAAAUUCUCACUUAAAGCAAUUGAAAAGCCAUGCAUUCACGUCACACUAGGCAUCGGUGCUGUGGCCUGUCUUUUAUUAUCCAUAUUUUGGGACAAAAUCACAGUAAUUAAUGGCACCAAACAUUCGGUGGCUUUCCUUAUACUGACGGCACUGUUAGCUGUGGUCGACUGCACCACAUCUGUCUUAUACCUGCCAUUUAUGGCACACUUUAAGUCCAAGUAUUUGGUCUCAUAUCUGACGGGUCAGGCAUUAAGUGGACUCAUACCUAGCUUCAUAGCUUUGGCGCAAGGCGCUAGUGAUAACCCUGAAUGUGUGAACUCGACCACCACUCACGAGGUGUACCCCAAAUACCCUGAGCCGAGGUUCUCUGUCAGCGUAUUCUACGUGUGUCUGUUAGUACUGGUGCUGUUCAGUUGGACAGCCUUUGUACUACUGAACCGAAUGGGUCGGUGCCGAAAGGAACUGGUGCUCUACUCGAAGAAGAGCUCCGGAUUCAAGGCUGGGUUGGGCCGGACCACGAGCACCGGUAGCGACGUCUCGUCCGACUCUAGUAUUGGCUCCAAAACCGAGUCAUUUGACAAUCACUCUGAAAGUAAUGCAAAACCUAAUAACGAGAGUAAUGAACAAAACAUAUCCCGAAAGACAUUCAUUACAUUACUGUUAACUCAGGCCUACAUAUGCUCUCUCACUAACGGACUUCUUCCCAGUAUUCAAAGCUACAGUUGUAUGCCAUACGGAAAUACAGCAUAUUUCUUAGCGGUCAACAUAUCGUCAAUCGUGAACCCAAUCGCAUGUUUGAUCGCAUUUUAUGUAAAACCCAAAUGGAUUAUCCAUACACUGCCCGGUGUUAUUAGUUUGGGAACGGCAUGUGCCAUCUAUGCCAUGGUCACAGCCGUACUAUCGCCCACACCUCCCCUCCAGAAUACAGGAGCUGGUAAUGCGCUGAUAGUGUUGACAUGGAUAGGUAUCGCCGGUCUGUUUGCCUAUUCCCGGGCCUGUAUAGCAUCCAUACUUCGCAAUAAUACCGGUGCCGGACAUAACUCGCUGUUCUUUUGCGGUGUAUUCACGCAAAUUGGGUCGACCUGUGGAGCAGUCAUCAUGUUUUGUAUAAUCAAUUUCACCAGCUCAUUUGUCUCUACCUCUGCCUGUGGUUAA